AUGCCUUUUCUUUAUCGUCUCUCAUCUCAACAUUCUUUAUCAAUUAAAAAACUUAUUUUCGCUACAGAAAAGAGUCUACUCAUGCAACGACUCGUUGACUCCAGCAGUGGUGACAAUCAAUUAUUUUCAUUCACCGAACACACUAUUGAUGCAGAUGAACAGCUUAAUGAUAUCAUACAAGAGGAAGAACGUAAUCCUCAAUUCUUUGAUCUUGCUCACGGACUUGUUUUUCGAUGUCAUAUUAUUCACUAUGAACAAAUCCCUUUAAAUGAUCGUCUUUCUGAUAAAGGUGUAUUAGUUUUCAAUUUUCAUCACGCUCUAUUUGAUUUUCAAUCGAUGAACAUCUUUCUUCAUGAUCUUAAUCACGCUUAUACUACAGGCCAAUUAUCCAAUGACUACAACAAUACAUUACAAUAUCUUGAUUGUGUGUAUAAAAUUUAUCAUGUUUUCCUUUCGCAUUAA